CACCAACUUUAUGGACUACGGAGAGUUUUUCUCAUUUAUGGACCAACAACUUCCAACUAAAUAACUACUGCCCACAAAAGUGCAAACACAGUUCAGUGUUUGCACGCUCAACUCAGUUCCCAACUCUCAACUUCGGAUUCCCCGAGGAGAGGACAACCCGCAUAAUUUCACCCCCAUUUUCUUCUCAUUCCUCACUGAUUUUAUUGUUUGAAGCCUAUUUGGUUCAUGUGUUGGAUUAUACUCUGAUUAGAGAAGCAGCUUUUCGGGGUGGAUAAAGAGGCAAAUGAUGUGGAUAAUGAGAUCCAUUCGGCGGCCGUUGGGCCAAUUUCAGGCGGCGGCGGCGAGUUUCUCAUCGUCUGCGGCGGCUGUGGAGGCGGAGAGGAGCAUAAGAGAAGGGGCGAGGAAUGAUUGGAGGAGAGAGGAAAUUAAGUCCAUCUAUGAUUCUCCUAUUCUCGAUCUCCUGUUCCAUGCCGCUCAAGUUCACAGACAUGCUCACAAUUUCAGGGAAGUGCAGCAGUGUACACUUCUAUCUAUUAAAACUGGUGGAUGCAGUGAAGAUUGUUCUUAUUGCCCUCAGUCAUCUAGAUAUAGCACUGGCCUGAAAGCACAGAAGCUUAUGAAUGAAGAUGCAGUUCUCGAGGCGGCAAGAAAGGCAAAAGAGGCUGGCAGCACUCGGUUUUGUAUGGGUGCUGCAUGGAGAGACACUAUCGGAAGGAAAACCAAUUUCAACCAAAUCCUUGAGUAUGUUAAAGAAAUAAGGGAUAUGGGGAUGGAGGUAUGUUGCACCUUGGGGAUGCUGGAGAAGCAGCAAGCUUUAGAACUCAAGAAGGCAGGUCUUACAGCUUAUAACCAUAAUCUUGAUACCUCAAGAGAGUUCUACCCUAAUAUCAUAACUACCAGAACCUAUGAUGAGCGGCUGCAAACCCUUGAGUAUGUUCGCGAUGCGGGUAUCAAUGUCUGUUCAGGAGGAAUAAUUGGGCUUGGAGAAGCAGAGGAGGACAGAGUUGGUUUAUUGCAUACAUUGGCAACCCUCCCUUCGCACCCCGAGAGUGUUCCAAUUAAUGCACUCGUUGCUGUAAAAGGCACACCUCUGGAAGAUCAAAAGCCAGUUGAAAUAUGGGAGAUGAUAAGGAUGAUUGCAACAGCACGUAUUGUGAUGCCAAAGGCAAUGGUUAGGCUUUCAGCUGGGAGAGUUCGGUUCUCCAUGCCUGAGCAGGCGCUUUGUUUUCUUGCUGGAGCAAAUUCCAUCUUCACUGGAGAGAAGCUGUUGACAACUCCGAACAACGAUUAUGAUGCUGAUCAAACGAUGUUUAAGCUUCUUGGACUCAUUCCAAAAGCUCCUGAUUUCUCAGAGAGGCCGGCAGCCAGAGAAUUUGAACCAGAAAAUACUGAAGUGGCAGCUGCAAGUUCUGGUUGAAAAUGUGAUCCUCAAUUGCAAUCCUUUAACAUGGAAAACUGUUAUCCUAAAUUCAUGCAAUACUUGCAACCUAUCUAGAAGACCUUCUCUUUGCUUUUUUAUUGUAGACUUCUGAUAAAGCUUUUGUACUUGUUAGAAGGUAUUGUCUUUCUUUCAUCUAGUUACCGUUUCCCUAUGCUAACCAAUUAAUAUUAAGGAUGAGAAAUUGAAUCCUAAA